AUGGUUUCAGUCAAACAGAAAUUUCUCGUCCUUUUUGGACUUUUUAUGAGACGUUUUUCUCCAUGUUGUUAUACUCUGAAUAGCCCCGCCCCGUACAGCCUCGAAAUCCUUUCGGACGAUAAGUCUCAUAAUGAGUCUUUUUUGUGGGGUUGCAGUGACAGAGGACGCAAACGUCUUUGUGCAUUCAAAUUCGAGGAAAUGGAUGGUAGCUCUUGGGCCACCUCCGAAAUCUCCAUUACUGCUGCAGACUAUUCCGAUCAAGAAAUCCUGUUGUUCGGGUUGACGACAGGCAAUGGCGACAACCUCAUUAUCAUUCCUCCUGAGUGGCCUAUCGUCUCCCCAGUUUUGUAUGAACCUGUUCUCGAUGUGGGAGUAUUUACUUUUGAUGAUGAUAACAUCCUGCGCCGUAUCGAAAAUGACAAGAUUUCGAUUCCUAACAAAUCUUCCUAUCCAACUCCCAAUUGGUAUAUCUGCCCGUCGCUAGCAGACAGGGCUGUUUACCUUCUGAACUGGCUUCUUGACCCCGUUUCCACUCCUUACCACGAAUGUAUCAAGGUGGAGGUUAAAAGAACAUUCAGCUUGAAUGCGCCUGUGGUGGCAUUCGCAGGACUGAUGAAAAGAGCGAGGGACGAGUUGUAG